AUGACAACUACCCUUCAGAUUCUGUCUGAAGAAAUACGGGAAACUGAAAAGAUUCCAGAAGACUGGAAAGUGGCUCCUAUGCAGGGUGACAACAUGUUUCCACACCACCUCAACUGCAUCUUAGAGGAAAUAAAAUCCGACGCCCCCAACGGGGAAACCAACGCCCCCAACGGGGAAACCAACGCCCCCAACGGGGAAACCAACGCCCCCAACGGGGAAACCAACGCCCCCAACGGGGAAACCAACGCCCCCAACGGGGAAACCAACGCCCCCAACGGGGAAACCAACAAAUCCAACGCCCCCAACGGGGAAACCAACGCCCCCAACGGGGAAACCAACGCCCCCAACGGGGAAACCAACGCCCCCAACGGGGAAACCAACGCCCCCAAUGGGGAAACCAACGCCCCCAACGGGGAAACCAACGCCCCCAACGGGGAAACCAACGCCCCCAACGGGGAAACCAACGCCCCCAACGGGGAAACCAACGCCCCCAACGGGGAAACCAACGCCCCCAACGGGGAAACCAACGCCCCCAACGGGGAAACCAACGCCCCCAACGGGGAAACCAACGCCCCCAACGGGGAAACCAACGCCCCCAACGGGGAAACCAACGCCCCCAACGGGGAAACCAACGCCCCCAACGGGGAAACCAACGCCCCCAACGGGGAAACCAACGCCCCCAACGGGGAAACCAACGCCCCCAACGGGGAAACCAACGCCCCCAACGGGGAAACCAACGCCCCCAACGGGGAAACCAACGCCCCCAACGGGGAAACCAACGCCCCCAACGGGGAAACCAACGCCCCCAACGGGGAAACCAACGCCCCCAACGGGGAAACCAACGCCCCCAACGGGGAAACCAACAUGGGUACAAGUAGUGAGGAGAAUGAGUGGCAGGUGGGGCAGAUUAUUUCUCAGGUGGAUUUUUUGUGGAGGUGA